AUGUCCUGCCCUCUUUUAUUUGCUCAGACACCCGAAGGUUUAUACUUCAAACCAGCUACUUCUGCUGAGAAGACAGAAGAAGAUGCUGUUAUCUUCCUUUCAUCCCAUGAUCAUUCAGUUAGAUCUGUUGACGUGGAAAAUUUCCCAAUUCAAUCUAACAAUAUGAGAAAAAUCUCUGCUCUAUUAGGUUUCAUUAGAUUGAAAUUGAACACUUAUGCUAUUAUUGCUGAUACCGUGGAUGAAGUCGGUAAAUUUAAUGAUUUACAUGCAAUUUAUAAAGUUUUAAACUAUUCAGUCAUCGCAUCAAAUUUAAACGCUAGAGUCGACUCUGAUGAAUCCGAAUAUUUGAAACUAUUGAAUUUACAAUUGAAAAAUGCUGACUUAUUCUUUUCUUAUACUUACGAUUUAACUAAUUCACUACAAAGAAAUGAAUCCAUUGGUAAUAACACAUUUUACAAUUGGUCUAAAUGUGACGAAAGAUUCUUUUGGAACUAUUACAUUACUAAGGACUUAAGAAAAUUAUCUGAGACUGAUUCGCGUGUCAGCAAAUUCGUCCAACCAGUCAUUUAUGGUAAUGCUAACUGCACUAAUACUGUUUUCAAUUCCGUUCCAAUUCAAAUCAGCCUGAUUACAAGACGUAGUAUUUUCAGAGCAGGAACGAGAUAUUUCCGUCGUGGCAUUGAUGAAAAUGGUAACGUAGCAAACUUUAAUGAAACUGAACAAAUUUUAAUUAUUAGAAACGAUGCCAACGAAAAAAACAUUUUCUCAUUUUUACAAACUAGAGGUUCCGUUCCAGUCUAUUGGGCUGAGAUUAACAAUUUGAAAUACAAACCAAAUUUAGUUUUAGGCGAAGAAAACUCUUUUGCGGCCACAAAGGCUCAUUUUGAUCAACAAGUUUCGUUGUACGGUGACAACUACUUAGUUAAUCUUGUUAAUCAAAAGGGUCAUGAAUUACCAAUUAAAAACUCAUAUGAAACUGUUGUUGAAGAAUUACAAAAUCCAAAAGUUCAUUACACGUACUUUGACUUCCAUCAUGAAUGUCGUAACAUGAAAUGGCACAGAGUCAAAUUAUUAUUGGAUCAAUUAUCCAAAAUGGGCUUAAGUAACGCUGAUUUCUUCCACAAGAGAGUUAUCAAUAACUCGCAAUCUGAGGUCUUGAAUCUUCAAACUUCUGUCGUAAGAACUAACUGUAUGGAUUGCUUAGAUAGAACUAACGUUGUUCAAUCCGUUCUAGCACACUGGGUCCUACAAAAAAUGUUUGAAACUUCACACGUCGCAAUCGAGAACCAACCAUGGGAAUUAGACUCCAAUUUGUUAACCAUUUUCCAAAAUCUAUGGGCUGACAAUGCCGAUGCAGUUAGUAUAUCUUACUCUGGUACAGGUGCUUUGAAGACUGAUUUUACAAGAACGGGGAAGCGUACAUAUAUGGGUGCCUUCAAUGAUCUUGUCAACUCCAUUUCCCGUUAUUAUCAAAACAAUUUAACAGAUGGUCCAAGACAAGAUUCUUAUGACUUAUUCUUGGGAGGUUUCCAGCCAUAUUUGGGCCACAUGUCUUCUCCUUUUGCUGACAGAAGACCAAUAGUUAUACAAUUCUUGCCAACUAUUUUAGUUGCAUCUUUGACUGUGUUCGGUGCGACAAUCUUUUUCCCAAAGAACCAUUUCACAAGCUCCAAAAAUUUACUCUUCUUCCUUAUUUCAUCGCUCAUUUUAGCGGUUUCUUCUACACUUAUUGUCAAUAACGGUCUGCAGUUUGUCAACUGGCCCAAGUUAGUUGAUUUAGGAUUCCUAAUUGUUGAACAUACACAUAAUGAGGAAAAGCAAUUUAAAGGUUUGAAAUACUUACAAAAUCCAAAAUAUAUCAAACCUAAUAAGUCUACGAAUAAUAAGCGUCUGGAUUAG